AUGGCACCAGUUCGAGCGAACAGACGCGUGUCAGGCGACUCCCCAGCGCAGCAUGCCACCUCCCCCGACAGACACAUGAUCCCUACAAAGACGGCAGCAACGCCGAUACGCAAGAGCCCGAUCAAGAAGAGGAAGGGCAUCACACUCGAACAAAAGCAGGCCUUGGUCGAAAACCUCCAGCUUGAGAUCACAGACCGCGCGAGACGACUGCGUGCCCAGUAUCAUGCCCAGGCACAGAGCCUGCGAUCGCGAGUCGAAAUGCGCGUCAACAGAAUCCCCAGAUCGCUUCUCAAGUCCACCAUGCAGGACCUGGUCGCCAAGUGCGCCGAGCAGCAGAAAAAGCUUGCCGCGGCUGCGCGUCCGCCGCCCGUACCGGAGAAGGACUUUGCUCCCAGGGCCAGCCCGAUCAAGACAGUCAACGCGUCACAACCCCCAUCGCGCCCCAGGAAACGGCUGAGCAAACCCCCCCAGGUACGGCCAGCUACCCGCACCGGUCGGCGGGUCAGCGAGUCGAGCGACGGAAGCACGGCGACGGUUGUCAAGAAACCUGCCGCCGCCAAAGCCACGGCGGCCACAGGGGCGAAGCGAACGGUCAUGGGGACCAUCAGGAAGGGUGUCGCCGCCAGCACCGCGAAGAAGGCCGCCGCUACUGCUACGGCUGCGGCUGCGGCGUCCAAAGCGACGGCGGCAUCCACGGCAGGGUCUACAAGAGUGCUCCGGAAGCGAGGCUAG